AUGUAUCCUAUGACAGUCCUCGCCUCCUUUGGCGCCCUGAGCAGCAUUGCUCUCGCAGCACCAGUCGAUGACACCGCAACCUUAGCAUCCAUCACCGACACUGCGGCAGCGACCUCCGCACCCAAAGUCAGCAUCGAAGAGAACGCACCCGUCCCAGACGACAGUCUCGAAAAGUCCACUGCGGCUCUUGGUGCAGCUAACGUCCGCAACCACUGCAACUUCCCAGUCUACCUCUACGUCUGCGGCCAAAACCCCGCCACCUGCACCGCCGAACGUACCCUCGCCGCCCACACAGGCACCUUCUCCGAAAAAUACUCCACCGUCAACAACGGGCGCUCCAUCAAGAUCGGCCGCACCCCCGGCAAAGUCGCCAAACCCCUCCUCCAAUGGGAAUAUACACACACGAGCGACGGGCGCGUCGCGUACGACGUCAGCAGCGUCAAUGGCAACCCCUUUGGCCCCUUCGGGUACGAUGUCACUUCCAGUAAUGGGAAGUGCCCGCAGCCGAAUUGCAAGCCUCCUGGAACUCAUGCGGUUUGCCCGUUUGUUUUCCAUGAUCCGACGAAUGGGAAGGUGCUUUAUUGUGGGGCGGGGUCUAGUAUUGGGAUUACGCUUUGCGAGUCCUAG